AUGGCUACCUUAGGAGAAGAGGUGUUUGAUUAUAUUUACUCGCCAUAUAAUCCCUACUCUUAUCAAUAUUUGAGUAAUCGACCAAAAAGUUCUAAUUGGAGGCAAAGACAUUACCUAAACAGCUAUGCGGACCCUAUCGAAUAUUUUGACAACUAUCAACGCGCUCAGCUCAAAGCCAUAUUGUCUCAGGUGAACCCAAACUUAACUCCAAGAAUGAGAAAAGCCAACACCAAAGACAUCGGAGUGCAGGUUAACCCUAAAAUCGAUACGUCUGUGCAAUGUUCCUUGGGUCCAAGAACACUCAUGAAGAUGACUAUGAGGCAGAAAGAUGUAGCCUUCAAAUGCCGGGCUUCACCAAACCAGGUCCAAGGCAGUCAGGCGAGUAUGCCCAAGAAUGUUCGAUUCCGGAGAACGAUGGCUAUCUACUCGCCUAUCGUGUCAUCCAACCUAAACGCAUCCAUCAAUAAAGACGACCAGGAAACUAGAAAAACAGAUUCCAAACAGCCGCAAGAAGAGACACUUUUAGAAGAAGCGAAAGAGAACGAAGAACAGGAGGCCACGUUAGAGCCAGUGCGGAGUCCCGCAGAGACAAGCUCAACAAGACGGCUAAAAUUUCAGUUCCUAGAGCAAAAGUAUGGAUACUUCCACUGCAAGGACUGCAAUGCUCGUUGGGAGAGUGCUUACGUCUGGUGUGUACAAGGCACGAACAAGGUCUACUUCAAGCAGUUUUGUAGAACCUGCGAGAAGGCGUACAACCCUUACCGAGUCGAGAACAUCACCUGUCAAACCUGCAGACAGACGAGAUGCACCUGCCUCAUCAAAAUGCGGCAUGUUGACCCAAAGAGGCCACAUCGUCAGGAUCUGUGUGGCAGGUGCAAGGGUAAACGGCUCUCGUGUGACAGCACUUUCAGCUUCAAAUACAUCAUUUGA